UACAAUUUCAAUUUCUCAAGCUGGAAGGCGAUCGUCGGCGGUCUAAUUCUUUGGCGAAUUAAAAAUAUGCGUCAGUAGAGCAAGGAAAAAUUGUGUGCUAAGCAUUUAGUCGUAACUUAGCGUAUCAACAGUUCAGAGCCUAAGCGAAUCUUCAAUUCGAACACGCACAGCAUGAAACCGCUAUUAUUAUUUGCCUUACUGGCCACGCUGGGUGCUAACCUCCCCUAUACUUAUACCGCCACUGUAAGUAGCCAAGGUGAUGCAACUGAACGCAAUCUCUUCGCAUCCGAUAUCUAUCAAGCCGUCGCGCUGGAUCAUUUGGCUGAAAAUGUUGUUAUCUCACCUGCAGCCAUACAAACCGCUAUGGCCUUGGCCUUCUACGGUGCCAAAGGCCGCACUGCGACAGAAAUGCAGGCAGGCAUUCGCCUCGGCUCAGCUAAUUCUGAUGAUGUGGUACGUCGUUUUAGCGCCUUUCAAAAUACUUUCACCCGCAGCAACAAUCUACGUUUGUUCAACAAAAUCUACAUAAAUGAAAAUUUGGAGUUCAAAGCAAAUUUUAGGGAUGUCGCACGUCGCAGCUUUGACUCUGACCUCGAAACAGCCGAUUUCCAUCCGCCCUACAAUAAGCGUACCGCUGAGCGUAUCAACAAAGAGGUGGAGCAAAAGACUCUAAACAAAGUCACCAAUAUUCUACAGCCACAACAGUUGAACGAUCUCACCGAGGGUGUGUUGGUGAAUGGAAUUGCGUACAGUGCGCCUUGGUUGAACGCUUUCAAGCCAGACAAGACUGAGCGACGCGAAUUUUCGUCCGGCGGUCGACGUUCAGUGAAUGUGGAUAUGAUGUGGACGGUGAAUAAUUUCCGCUACGGUGAAGUGAAUGAGCUGGAUGCGAAGGUGAUUGAGUUGCCGUACCAGAGUAUUGAAUACUCUAUGCUUGUGCUUCUGCCAAACCAAAUGAACGGUUUGUCCAGUCUGGUGCAGCGUUUGGUGGGCAAGAAUUUGGUGGCGCUCGUAGAUAGUCGAUUGAACUCUCAGAAGGUGGAGGUGCGUCUACCGAAAUUCGGUUUUGAAUUUGGAGUUAAACUGGAAGAGCCAUUCAGUAAGCUCGGUGUGUCAACUAUGUUUACUCGCCAAGGUGAUUUCGGUCACAUGUAUCGCAUGUUCGUCAGUCACUACAUCAAUAGCGCUAACCAUAAAGCUUAUGUGGAAGUAACAGAAGAUGGUUCAGUGCCAUCACUGGAAUCUGGAGGUUUAAAGAGCUUUUUGACGUUCUCGCGUCCAAAAUCUUUUGAAGUGGAUCAUCCAUUUGUGUUUGCUAUUAAACACGACGACUCAAUUAUUUUCCUAGGUCAUGUCACCUAUAAUGUUUAAUUUGGUAAGAUGAGAAAGACAAAACUUAAAUUUAAGAAGCGUACUUUGAAAGCCAAUAAAUAAAUUUGACGUACAAAUUUU